CGCCUCCAGCAAGAUGGCGAAGGCCCUGUCCUGAGUGGGCGGAGUGUGGCUGCCGGAAACCCGGCUGCCGCCUUCGGGGAGCUUCGGGCUAAGGCCCGGGAGCAGCGGACGGAGGCUGGCGCGAUGCUGUUCCCGGGAAGCGCGGUCGGCUGCCGCUGAGGAAGCUGGAGCGAGGAGUUGCCUUCCCAGCGCCCCCUAUGUACGCCUCCUCGCGCUCGGGGCCGGUCGCCGCUUUGCCCGCCUCGGUACCGCCCGUGACUCUCGGGGCCCGGAGCUCCGGCGGCGGCCGGGACCGAGUCCCGCGGGAGGGGAGGCGCCCGGGCGGCGCCCGUGCUUGCGGCUGCGGAACGAGCGUCUGGCAGGUUCAAGGGUAGCCAAGGAUGGCUGCAGCUUCAUAUGAUCAGUUGUUAAAGCAGGUGGAGGCCCUGAAGAUGGAGAACUCAAACCUUCGACAAGAGCUAGAAGAUAAUUCCAAUCAUCUUACAAAACUGGAAACUGAGGCAUCUAAUAUGAAGGAAGUACUUAAACAGCUACAGGGAAGUAUUGAAGAUGAAACUAUGACUUCUUCUGGACAGAUUGACUUACUAGAGCGUCUUAAAGAAUUUAACUUAGAUAGCAAUUUUCCUGGAGUGAAACUACGCUCAAAAAUGUCCCUUCACUCCUAUGGGAGUCGGGAAGGGUCGGUAUCCAGCCGUUCCGGAGAGUGCAGUCCUGUUCCCAUGGGGUCCUUCCCAAGAAGAGCGUUUGUAAAUGGAAGCAGAGAAAGUACUGGAUAUUUGGAAGAGCUUGAAAAAGAAAGAUCAUUACUCCUUGCUGAUCUUGACAAAGAAGAAAAGGAAAAAGACUGGUAUUAUGCUCAACUUCAGAACCUCACGAAAAGAAUAGAUAGUCUGCCUUUAACUGAAAACUUUUCCCUACAAACAGAUAUGACAAGAAGGCAACUGGAAUAUGAAGCAAGGCAGAUCAGGGCUGCAAUGGAGGAGCAGCUUGGCACCUGCCAGGACAUGGAGAAGCGAGCACAGCGAAGAAUAGCCAGAAUUCAGCAAAUAGAAAAGGACAUACUUCGUGUACGACAGCUCUUACAGUCCCAAGCAGCUGAAGUAGAGGCUGGAGCCUUCAGUGAGUGGAGUAUUGCCUGCAAAGAGAAUAGGUCUUCUCAGAGCAAGCAUGAAUCUGCCUCCCAUGAAGUUGAACGGCAGCAUGACGGUCAAGGAAUGGCAGAAAACAACAUGGCAACUUCUAGUACUAGCCAGAGUCCAGCUACACGAAUGGAUCAUGAAACAGCCAGUGUUCUGAGUUCUAGCAGCACACACUCUGCUCCUCGAAGGCUGACGAGUCAUCUGGGGACCAAGGUGGAAAUGGUGUAUUCAUUGUUGUCAAUGCUUGGUACCCAUGAUAAGGACGAUAUGUCACGAACUUUGCUAGCUAUGUCUAGCUCCCAAGACAGCUGUAUAUCCAUGCGGCAGUCUGGAUGUCUUCCUCUCCUCAUCCAGCUUUUACAUGGCAAUGACAAAGACUCUGUAUUGUUGGGAAAUUCCCGGGGCAGUAAAGAGGCUCGGGCCAGGGCCAGUGCAGCUCUCCACAACAUCAUUCACUCACAGCCUGACGACAAGAGAGGCAGGCGUGAAAUCCGAGUCCUUCAUCUUUUGGAACAGAUACGAGCUUACUGUGAAACCUGUUGGGAGUGGCAGGAAGCCCAUGAACAAGGCAUGGACCAGGACAAAAAUCCAAUGCCAGCUCCUGUGGAACAUCAAAUCUGUCCUGCUGUGUGUGUUCUCAUGAAGCUUUCAUUUGAUGAAGAGCAUAGACAUGCGAUGAAUGAACUUGGUAGGAAGGCUACCCGGGGCAUUUCACCACAGGAGCUAGGUCAGGGGCUCUCAGGGGGACUGCAGGCCAUUGCAGAGUUGUUACAGGUGGACUGUGAGAUGUAUGGGCUUACUAAUGACCACUACAGUAUUACUUUAAGACGGUAUGCUGGAAUGGCUUUGACAAACUUGACCUUUGGAGAUGUUGCCAACAAGGCUACGCUGUGUUCUAUGAAAGGCUGCAUGAGAGCACUCGUGGCCCAGCUGAAAUCUGAAAGUGAAGACUUACAGCAGGUUAUUGCAAGUGUUUUGAGGAAUUUGUCUUGGCGAGCAGAUGUAAAUAGCAAAAAGACAUUGCGAGAAGUUGGAAGUGUGAAAGCAUUGAUGGAAUGUGCUUUGGAAGUUAAAAAGGAAUCAACCCUCAAAAGUGUCUUGAGUGCCUUAUGGAAUCUGUCCGCACACUGCACUGAGAAUAAAGCUGACAUCUGUGCCGUGGACGGGGCACUUGCAUUUUUGGUUGGCACUCUCACUUACCGAAGCCAGACAAAUACGCUAGCCAUCAUUGAAAGUGGAGGUGGGAUAUUACGAAAUGUGUCCAGCUUGAUAGCUACAAAUGAAGACCACAGGCAAAUCCUAAGAGAGAACAAUUGCCUACAGACUUUAUUACAGCACUUGAAAUCUCACAGCUUGACAAUAGUCAGUAAUGCUUGUGGAACUCUGUGGAAUCUCUCAGCAAGAAAUCCUAAAGACCAGGAAGCUUUAUGGGACAUGGGGGCAGUGAGCAUGCUCAAGAACCUCAUUCAUUCAAAGCACAAAAUGAUUGCUAUGGGAAGUGCUGCAGCUUUAAGGAACCUCAUGGCAAACAGACCUGCAAAGUAUAAGGAUGCCAAUAUUAUGUCUCCUGGGUCAAGUUUGCCAUCUCUUCAUGUUAGGAAGCAAAAGGCCCUAGAAGCAGAGUUAGAUGCUCAGCAUUUAUCAGAAACCUUUGACAAUAUUGACAACUUAAGUCCCAAGGCAUCUCAUCGUAGCAAGCAGAGACACAAGCCAAAUCUUUAUGGUGACUAUGUUUUUGACACCAAUCGACAUGAUGAUAAUAGGGCAGACAAUUUUAAUACUGGGAACAUGACUGUUCUUUCACCAUAUUUAAAUACUACAGUAUUGCCCAGCUCUUCUUCAAGGGGAAGUUUAGACAGUUCUCGUUCUGAAAAAGACAGAAGUUUAGAGAGAGAGCGAGGUAUUGGCCUCAGCACUUACCAUUCAACAACAGAAAAUCCAGGAACCUCUUCGAAACGAGGUUUGCAGAUCUCUAGCACUGCAGCCCAGAUUGCCAAAGUUAUGGAAGAAGUAUCAGCCAUUCAUACCUCCCAGGAAGACAGGAGUUCCGGCUCUACCACCGAAUUCCACUGUGUGCCGGAUGAGAGGAAUGCAGCACGGAGAAGCUCUGCUUCCCAUACACAUUCAAACACAUACAGCUUCACUAAGUCGGAAAAUUCAAAUAGGACAUGCUCUAUGCCUUAUGCCAAAGUGGAGUAUAAGAGAUCUUCCAAUGACAGUUUAAACAGUGUCAACAGUAGUGAUGGCUACGGUAAAAGAGGUCAGAUGAAGCCCUCCGUCGAGUCCUAUUCUGAAGAUGAUGAAAGUAAGUUUUGCAGUUAUGGUCAGUAUCCAGCUGACCUAGCCCAUAAGAUACAUAGUGCAAAUCAUAUGGAUGAUAAUGAUGGAGAACUGGACACACCAAUAAAUUACAGUCUUAAAUAUUCAGAUGAGCAGUUGAACUCUGGAAGGCAGAGUCCCUCACAGAAUGAAAGAUGGGCAAGACCGAAGCAUGUAAUAGAAGAUGAGAUAAAGCAGAACGAGCAAAGACAGCCCAGAAGCCAAAACUCCAGUUAUCCUGUCUAUCCUGAGAACACGGAUGAUAAACACCUCAAGUUCCAACCACAUUUUGGACAACAGGAAUGUGUUUCCCCAUAUAGGUCUAGGGGAACCAGUGGGUCAGAAACAAAUCGAAUGGGUUCUAGUCAUGCAAUUAAUCAAAAUGUAAACCAGUCUUUGUGUCAGGAAGAUGACUAUGAAGAUGACAAGCCUACCAACUACAGUGAGCGUUAUUCAGAGGAAGAACAACAUGAAGAAGGGGAGAGACCAACAAACUAUAGUAUAAAAUAUAACGAAGAAAAACAUCAUGUGGAUCAGCCUAUUGACUAUAGUUUAAAAUACGCCACUGACAUCUCUUCCUCCCAGAAACCAUCGUUUCCAUUCUCUAAGAACUCAUCAGCACAAAGCACCAAAACUGAACAUCUCUCUCCAAGCAGCGAGAACACAUCCACACCCUCAUCUAAUGCCAAAAGGCAGAAUCAGCUACAUCCAAGUUCAGCACAGAGAAAUGGUCAGGCUCAAAAAGGGAACACUUGCAAAGUCCCCUCCAUCAACCAAGAAACUAUGCAGACUUACUGUGUAGAAGACACCCCCAUUUGUUUCUCAAGGUGCAGUUCCUUAUCAUCCCUGUCAUCAGCUGAAGAUGAAAUAGGAUGUGGUCCGACAACACAGCAGGCAGAUUCUGCUAACACUCUGCAGAUAGCAGAGAUAAAGGAGGACGAUGGAACUCCAUCAGCUGAAGAUCCUGCGAGCGAAGUUCCAGCAGUGUCCCAGAGCGCCAGAACCAAACCUAGCCGACUCCAGGCUUCUGGCUUAUCUUCAGAAUCAACCAGGCAUAAGGCUGUUGAAUUUUCUUCAGGGGCCAAGUCUCCCUCCAAAAGUGGUGCUCAGACGCCCAAAAGUCCCCCCGAACAUUACGUCCAGGAGACCCCACUUGUGUUCAGCCGCUGCACUUCUGUCAGCUCACUUGACAGUUUUGAGAGUCGCUCCAUUGCUAGCUCUGUUCAGAGUGAGCCUUGCAGUGGAAUGGUGAGUGGCAUUAUCAGUCCCAGUGACCUUCCAGAUAGCCCUGGCCAGACCAUGCCACCAAGCAGAAGCAAAACCCCUCCUCCUCCUCCCCAGACAGUCCAGACCAAGAGAGAGGUGCCAAAAACGAAAGCACCUGCCGCGGAGAAGAGGGAGAGUGGCCCUAAGCAGACCGCUGUGAAUGCUGCAGUCCAGAGGGUCCAGGUCCUUCCGGAUGCUGAUACUUUACUGCACUUUGCCACAGAAAGUACUCCAGAUGGGUUUUCCUGUUCAUCCAGCCUGAGCGCGCUGAGCCUCGAUGAGCCUUUUAUACAGAAGGACGUGGAAUUAAGAAUAAUGCCCCCAGUUCAGGAAAACGACAACGGGAAUGAAACCGAGCCAGAGCAGCCUGAAGAGUCCAGUGAAAAUCAGGAGAAAGAGGUAGAAAAUCCUGAUUCUGAAAAGGACCUAUUAGAUGAUUCAGAUGACGACGAUAUUGAAAUAUUAGAAGAGUGCAUUAUCUCAGCCAUGCCAACAAAGUCAUCACGCAAAGCCAAAAAGCUAGCCCAGACUGCUUCAAAAUUACCUCCACCUGUGGCAAGGAAGCCAAGUCAGCUGCCUGUGUACAAACUUCUGCCAUCACAAAACAGACUGCAGACACAAAAGCAUGUUAGCUUCACACCAGGAGAUGAUAUGCCCCGCGUGUACUGUGUAGAAGGGACACCUAUAAACUUUUCCACGGCGACAUCUCUAAGUGAUCUGACAAUAGAAUCCCCUCCAAAUGAGUUGGCUGCUGGUGACGGAAUUAGAGCAGGUACACAGUCAGGCGAAUUUGAAAAACGAGAUACUAUUCCUACAGAGGGCAGAUGUUCAGAUGAAGCUCAGAGGGGGAACAUCUCAUCUGUAGUUAAGCCAGGCCUGGAUGACACUAAAGCAGAGGAAGGAGAUAUUCUUGCAGAAUGUAUCAAUUCUGCUAUGCCCAAAGGAAAAAGCCACAAGCCUUUCCGAGUGAAAAAGAUAAUGGACCAGGUCCAACAAGCAUCAGUGACUUCAUCUGGAACUAACAAAAAUCAAUUAGACACUAAGAAAAAGAAGCCGACUUCACCAGUAAAGCCCAUGCCACAAAAUACAGAAUAUAGAACACAAAUGAGGAAGAAUACAGACUCAAAAAUUAACGUAAAUGCUGAAGAAACUUUCUCAGACAGCAAAGACUCAAAGAAACAGAGCUUGAAAAACACCCCCAAGGACUUCAGUGAGAAGCUGCCGAACAACGAAGACAGAGUCCGCGGAAGCUUUGCCUUUGAUUCACCGCAUCCUUACACCCCUAUUGAAGGAACUCCUUACUGCUUUUCACGAAAUGAUUCUUUGAGCUCUCUAGAUUUUGAUGAUGACGAUGUUGACCUGUCCAGGGAAAAGGCUGAGUUAAGAAAGGGGAAAGAAAAUAAGGAUUCAGAAGCCAAAGGUAUCUGCCACACAGAACCAACCUCAAGCCAACAGUCAGCUAGUAAGUCACAAGCUAAUACAAAACAUUCAGUAAACAGGGGACAGUCCAAACCAGGGCUUCAGAAACAACCCACUUUCCCCCAGGCCUCCAAAGACUUGCCAGAUAGGGGGGCAGCAACGGAUGAAAAAUUGCAGAAUUUUGCUAUUGAAAAUACUCCAGUUUGCUUUUCUCGAAAUUCCUCUCUGAGUUCCCUUAGUGACAUUGACCAAGAAAACAACAAUAACAAAGAAAAUGAACCAAUCAAAGAAGCUGAACCUGCUAAUGCACAGGGGGAACCAAGUAAGCCUCAGGCAUCUGGGUAUGCGCCCAAGUCAUUUCAUGUUGAGGACACCCCUGUCUGCUUCUCAAGAAACAGUUCUCUCAGCUCUCUGAGCAUCGAUUCUGAAGAUGACCUGUUGCAGGAGUGCAUCAGUUCUGCAAUGCCGAAAAAGAAAAGACCUUCAAGACUCAAGGGUGAUAGUGGAAAGCAGAGUCCCAGAAACAUGGGAGGCAUAUUAGCUGAAGAUCUGACCCUUGACUUGAAAGAUAUACAGAGGCCAGAUUCAGAACACGGCUUAUCUCCUGAUUCAGAGAAUUUUGACUGGAAAGCUAUUCAAGAAGGUGCGAACUCCAUAGUGAGUAGUUUGCACCAGGCUGCUGCUGCUGCGUGUUUAUCUCGACAGGCUUCGUCCGAUUCAGAUUCCAUCCUCUCGCUCAAGUCAGGCAUUUCCCUGGGCUCACCCUUUCAUCUCACACCUGAUCAAGAGGAAAAACCCUUCACAAGUAAUAAAGGCCCACGAAUUCUCAAACCGGGGGAGAAAAGCACAUUAGAAGCAAAAAAGAUAGAAUCUGAAAAUAAAGGAAUCAAAGGUGGGAAAAAGGUUUAUAAAAGUUUGAUUACUGGAAAGAUUCGAUCUAAUUCAGAAAUUUCCAGCCAAAUGAAACAGCCCCUCCCGACAAACAUGCCCUCAAUCUCAAGAGGCAGGACCAUGAUUCACAUCCCUGGGGUUCGGAAUAGCUCCUCCAGUACAAGUCCUGUUUCUAAAAAGGGCCCACCCCUCAAGACUCCAGCCACCAAAAGCCCUAGUGAAGCUCCGGCAGCCACCACUUCUCCUAGAGGAACCAAGCCAUCAGUAAAAUCAGAGCUGAGCCCUAUUACCAGGCAGACUUCCCAAAUUAGUGGGUCAAAUAAGGGGCCUUCAAGAUCAGGAUCUAGAGACUCCACUCCCUCAAGGCCUACACAGCAACCAUUAAGUAGGCCACUGCAGUCUCCAGGGCGAAACUCGAUCUCCCCUGGUAGAAAUGGAAUAAGCCCUCCUAACAAACUGUCUCAGCUGCCCAGAACAUCGUCUCCAAGCACUGCUUCAACCAAGUCCUCGGGCUCUGGGAAAAUGUCCUAUACAUCCCCUGGCAGACAGAUGAGCCAACAAAACCUUACCAAACAAGCAGGCUUACCCAAGAAUGCCAGUAGUAUCCCGAGAAGCGAGUCCGCGUCUAAAGGGCUGAACCAGAUGAGCAACGGCAAUGGAUCCAAUAAGAAGGUAGAACUUUCUAGAAUGUCUUCAACUAAGUCAAGUGGAAGUGAGUCAGAUAGAUCAGAAAGGCCUGCGCUAGUACGCCAGUCUACUUUCAUCAAAGAAGCCCCAAGCCCGACCCUAAGGAGGAAACUGGAGGAAUCUGCCUCGUUUGAAUCCCUUUCUCCAUCUUCUAGACCAGAUUCUCCCACCAGGUCCCAGGCACAGACCCCAGUUUUAAGUCCCUCCCUUCCUGAUAUGUCUCUGAGCACACAUCCGUCUGUUCAGGCUGGUGGAUGGCGAAAGCUCCCGCCUAAUCUCAGCCCCACUAUUGAGUAUAGUGAUGGAAGACCAGGAAAGCGCCACGAUAUCACACGCUCCCAUUCCGAAAGUCCUUCCAGACUGCCAAUCAACCGGGCAGGAACCUGGAAGCGAGAGCACAGCAAACACUCCUCAUCCCUCCCUCGAGUGAGCACUUGGAGAAGAACUGGAAGCUCAUCUUCUAUUCUUUCCGCCUCAUCAGAGUCCAGUGAAAAAGCAAAGAGUGAGGAUGAAAAGCAUGUGAACUCCGUGCCAGGACCCAGACAAGCGAAAGAGAACCAGGUACCCACAAAGGGCACGUGGAGGAAAAUCAAAGAAAGUGAAAUAUCUCCCACAAACAUGGUUUCUCAGACCGCUUCCUCAGGUGCUGCCCAUGGUGCUGAAUCAAAGACUCUGAUUUACCAGAUGGCACCUGCUGUUUCUAAAACAGAGGACGUUUGGGUGAGAAUUGAAGACUGUCCCAUUAACAACCCUCGGUCUGGAAGGUCUCCCACAGGUAACACCCCUCCAGUGAUUGACAGUGUUUCAGAAAAGGGAAAUCCAAGCAUUAAAGACGCAAAAGACAGCCAGGGAAAGCAGAGUGUGAGCAGCCACAGUCCUGUGCUCACCGUGGGCCUGGAGAACCGCCUGAACUCCUUUAUUCAGGUGGACGCCCCAGAGCAGAAGGGAACGGAGGCAAAGCCUGGACAGAGCAGCUCUGUGCCUGCAGCAGAGCCCAGUGAGACGUGUGUGGUCGAGCGCACCCCUUUCAGUUCAAGCAGCUCCAGCAAACACAGCUCACCUAGUGGGACUGUUGCUGCCCGAGUGUCGCCUUUUAAUUACAACCCGAGCCCUCGGAAAAGCAGUGCAGAUAGCACGUCAGCCCGGCCCUCGCAGAUCCCAACGCCCGUGAGCAACAACACCAAGAAGCGGGAUUCAAAGACUGACAGCACAGAAUCCAGUGGAGCCCAAAGUCCUAAGCGCCAUUCUGGGUCUUACCUCGUGACAUCUGUUUAAAAGAGCUGGGAAGACAAACCUAGGAAAAGCUGGUUUUAUCACAACUGCUGUAUAGAGACUUUAUUUCAAAGAAAACUUUAAAGGUUGAAAAUUUUUGUAAAUAGGUUUGACUCUUGUUAGAGGGGUUUUGUUCUGGAAACCAUAUUUGAUAGUCCACUUGGUCCUCACUGGUCAUUUUGGAAGGCACUCUUGUUAGGUAGGAAAGAAAUGGUAAAGCCAAGUAUAUUUGUACAGUAUGUUUCACACGUAUUUAAGUGGCAUCCAUCCCUUCGUCCUUUAAUUAUCGCUUAUCUUAACACUACAGAUAGAUGCUAUAUGAUAUAUUGCUGUUAUCAAUCAUUUCUAGAUUAUAAAAUAAACUUACAUCAGGGAGAAAUUGGUAUUUAUGCAAAAAUAGUCCUCGUGAAUCCAUCUAAUGUCAUAAUUAAUCAUGUGGCUGUGAAAUUCACAGUAAUAUGGUUCCCAAUGGAUAUGUUUACCCAGCCUGCUUUGCUUUACUGCAUGAAUGAAGCUGAUGGUUCAGUUUCAGAGGUAAUGAUUAUUGGUUCUGUGAUCACAUGGUGUGCAUAGGAUAGCUACAGUGUAACAAUUCAGAUCUGUGUAACUGUAAAACAUUGAAUGGAACUAUUUUACCUGAACUAGAUUUUAUCGAAAGUAGGUAGGAUUUUUGCUAUGCUGUAACUGUUGUAUAUUCUGGUAUUUGAGGUAAAAUGGCUGCUCUUUUAUUAAUGAGACAUGAGUGGUGUCUCAAACUAAAUGAACAUUUCAGAAUAAAUUAUUGCUGUAUGUAAACUAUUACUGAAAUUGGUAUUUGUUUGAAGGGUCUUAUUUCACGUUUGUAUUAAUAAUUGUCAAAGGGCCUCUUUUAAAAGCUAAAUGUAAAGUUUUUCUUGAGAUUCUAUGCAUUAAGAGUAAAAUUCCCUCUUACUGUAAUAAAGACAAUGAAGAAGAUUGUUGACACUUACCCAUUCCUAAAAUUUAUUUUUAUGUACUUAGCACCUCUCAAAGCUUGAUGUCCCUCCACUUCUUUUCUUACUACUCUGGAGUCUGAUUAAAGCAAAUGCCUGGAAUAGCACAAGACGAGGACAGAUCGGCCCACAUAGAAUAAUAGCUCCUUUUCCUUGAUAGGAUUCAUACUUGAAACAUUGGUUUUUGACAGGUACCACUUGUGUCUUUCAGGCUUUACAGUGCAACUGUCUUACCCUGUCAUCUCCAUGUUGAAACUGGGUCUGAAAUUAAUGCCUGUCACCACCCUAUAUGUUAAAGUAGAUUGUUUGUGACCAGGUAUAAUCAGUAUUUUCUCAUGCUCAAAAAAUACAAGUCAGUGAAAUGUCAGAGAUAAAUUUAAUGCUGUUAGAAUAAAUUUUAAAGAAAGAUAAAGGUGACUGCCAUCAAGCCUGAAGACCCACGUGGUAAAGAGGAGAGCCAACUCCCUGAAGCUACCCCCUGACCUCCACACACCUGCGCCUGCACACACAAAGCUCAUAGGUUUCCAAAGGACUGCCUAGGGCCAACAGGGUGUCUCAGCAGGUGACGUGGAAGCUGCCCUCUAACUUCCACACAUGCACCAUAAUUCAAAAGUCAAAAGGUUUCUUUAGUUCCUGCCUGUUAAGGACAAUUUUGUUUUUAAUGGGUACAGUGGUGAGGUGAUUAGUGCCCACUUCCCAUAUGGCAGAGAGACUCCGUCAUGAGGGAGAAUACACUGAUACACGUAAUUAGCCAAGAGUUUCAAUUUUUGUCAGACUAUCUGAAGUGUGUGUUUUUUGUUUUUUGUUGUUUUUUUUUUUUUAACAAUAUCCCAUCAUGUUCUCCUGGGCUGCCGUAAGCAUCAGGGAUGGGAAUGUAGUCAUAACUGUCUUCCAGUCCUAAUUUUCGUUAGAAUUACUGCACGCCAAUUUUUAUAAGCCACUUCAAGUAUUUCUGUGGAAAGAUAUGAGUUAUUUAGUUAGAAUAAAUUGCUUUUUAGUACAUGUCUUUAAAAAUCAGUGUUCAAACUAAAAGAAGAGUUCAUUCCACCUGUUGGAGACUAAAAUCCCCAUGGGCAGCCCUACUGGAAGGGUCUGUCUGUGUUGUCCCUUGUAGUUGUUGGGUGAAACCCUCUGGCUAGAGGUAAUGGCUGUGGAAGUGAAGGGGUUUCCCCCGUUCUGCUUUGGAAAGUUCACUGGGUGGUGUCUUAACUGGUAGCAAGCCAGCUUCUGCUUUAAUGGCACACUAGCCCACUGUUGGGGAUCGGCUACUACUUAGCAGGCUAUUCAAAGGGCAGGAGCCUAUUUAGUUUGGACUACAGCAAAGAAAACCUAAGGUAGCAGUUUUCAGACAGGUAGGUGUGUUUGGGUCAUCAGAAGUGUUUAUUAAAUCACAGCUGGGCCCCACAGUUUUAGAGGGUUGAUCUGGAAAGGGUUGCAAAAACAAGUUCAGGGAUGAUACGUGGCCUUAUGGGGUGGGGACCACAAAGAACCACUGUCCUUAGUAGCCACAGCACAGCUCUUAACACUUAAACAACUGGACCUUUAAUCUGCCAAGGAAGCUCCUUGGCAUGAAAGACCUGAAUAUUGAGUUGUCCAAUUCCACAGCCUAUGUCAACUCACAGUAGGGAGUAAACUCGCCAGAAUAACGAACACUCAGUUCUCAAUACGUCCACUGCAUCUGAGGAUCAGCUUGUGUUAAGGAGACAGCUCCCGUUAAAGAGCCUUACCAAUAUGUAGUUUGGAUAUGCAGUAUGAGACUAUGAAAAGAGAAAUUGGAGAUGAGAGAAAAUUGGUUGUAGGUGAAAGGAAAAUCACCCAUUUGUGCACAGUAGCGGUGAUGAACCGAUGGUAAGCUUUGCAGAUAACGGAGGAAGUAAGAUAGGCCCUGUGGGAACCAACCAGUACUGUUUGUGCGGGCAGAAUUUUCUUUAUGUGUAAAAUGUGGAUCAUAUUACCACAAAGUUAAUUGAAAAAUGAGUUCAUUGCUGAAAAUGGGAGACAGUUGCCGGGGUUUCUUACAGCUAAGAAAAGAAUACCAGAAAUGCAAGAAUUAAACUGCCCAAAGUUAAAGAUGGGUUUGCGUGGUCAGAUGAUUAAAAUCUCCCAAACAACUUUUCAAGAGUCGAGGAGGCUAACAUGGAGUGUGUCUUCUUUCUCACUUUCUAUUAGCCGGUUUCCCUCACAUGCUGACCUUAGAAUACUACUCUGUAAUGUGGAAAUCUAUGAACUGUGACUUCUGUAAACCCACGUCAUUUUCCUCCUGUUCUCUUAACUCUGGUCUACAAAAAUAUGUUCUGCUUUUUGUUAGGCCAUUGAUGCAUCUUUCAAACUGUAUGUUCUAUAUGUGUAAUACUGUUCUUGGUGCUAAAUAUACUUUCCUCUGGUAUUCAGGAUAAUUUUUCUCUAUAUUUCUGUUCACUUACUUUCUUGAAGUUACCUGAUUGUUAUUUUUAAUUAAAAAUGCUUAAUGUAUACUA